AUGUCUCAGCCCAGCGAUAAUGAUACACGCACAGUGCCCGGACGGCCUUCACAAUCCCGUAGUAUGAGAUCGUCGCCUCAGGCUGUCUCGACGGGGACGGGUUCUCGGCUCAGAGAAGACCGUACUACUGCGCAGAAUCUUGAAUCCGGACUAUUAUCACCACCGCUCACUGCUUCACUGAUUCCGGCAGCAGCCCCCGAAUUAAACGCGGGAUCAUUGGGAGACUACUUCGGGCAACUCAUCCACGACCAGUAUCCCAACCUCAAGGUUGAAGAUAAUUUCAGUAAAUUCACAAUGUUGGCGAACGGUGGCUACCCGGGAGGUCGCAACGACAGCCAAGGCCAGGUCGACGCAUGGCUGUCAUCUAACUUGCAGGAUGAGAUCCAAGAAUUGGGUUGCUCGGAAGAAGAAGCACGUGAGACAAUUGAAGAGAGUCUCCAUUCGUGGUUCAGUCAAUCGGCAGAUGUUGUCACCGGGAUGAAACCUCAACAAAUGGAGACAGACCCAGGAUCUGGUAUUGUGGUCAAAACGAUACCGGAUACGGAUUACUUCAUCCGACAAUGGCGAGGGAAUCCAGAACAUCACGAAGUCUGUUUCGACUACCUGACUCAAGACGAAUCCGGACAGCGGCGUGCGAUAAAUUGCCCAGCGGUGUAUGAGCUCUGGCUUGCUCCAAACGCCGCCGCAGCAUCGCCCGGUCAGCUGCUUCCGUCACUGGAGCAGAGUAUAAUCGAGUUGCAGGGAGAAUCGAUUCAAAUUCGGCCGGGUGAGGAGAAAUGGGUCCUGAAGGAAGGCAUGUCCUAUCAAGUUCGGACCCGCCUCCAUCCUGACAUCCCCACGGACAUUGGACCAUUUCAAGUUGUCGCCAACUUCACUGCUACGAACUUUUUUUCGCGAAGAGAAAACGUGCAAUACUCUGGCCCACAGAUUUAGCUCUCUGAGUUUGUCGAUGCGAAUUAGUCCUGGUUGUAUUGCCCCC